AUCACCGUGUCAUGCCACUCUCCAGGCUCAACCUUCGGCACUCGUCGACAUCUGGCUCAGCCCUGCAAUCUACUUGCCUACUGCCGACUGGCAUUCCGCGACUCAAAGUGAAGCCAUCGCCCGCAGCUCUCCAUGCAUAUGUUCUUCCGCGCGGACAUGGGGCGGGCGCCUCUCCUUGGUUCGCGAGACACACGCGUUUGCCGCUGUGCCUCUGGUUCACGUCGUCUCCCGACCCGCGGUCUUGGUCUAUAACACCCUUUUUCCACCAUUACUGGAGACGACCUACGUUCUCAGAUGGCUGCACGACGCAACGUCCCUCACCGUCGUCGGGGAGGCGUUCAUUGGCGAAAUUCGAUACUUCCUUCGAGGCUCUAUAGCAAACUCGACGGCAUCCUCCGCCGGCGACGUGCAUCUACAGCGUGGGGUGCCCAUAGAUACCUCGACGACUAUCACGCAUACCCCGACAUGAACGAGCCACCCGCAGUAGCCAGUGAGGGUAGCAGACACAGCAGAGAUUGAGGAGAUGCACGAGGGAAGAGCGCAAAUGCGAGCGCCAUCACCCAUGGAGACUCGAACAUCGGACGAGCGAGAACGCGACCGUUCUGAAAUCUGGCGGCCGCAUUCAACAGGCUGCGCUUCCGAGGCUCUGUUGGUACUGAUGCGUCCUCAAGGCGAUCGUACAGAAGCCGACGUUGCGUGUGCACCCCCCAUCGUAGGGCCUUUACGUCGAGCUGCCUCUGUGGACCAGCACAUCCCCCAACAUAUUCGCUGCUGACCGCGGCGCAGUGCUUCAUGCUCGGCGUAUUCUUCAUCUACACGACUCCCCGCUCCCUAUGCCCCACUCCUAUCUCAGUCG